AAGGGUUGAUAGCAGGAUAAAACAUUCAACAUCUGAACAUCGAAAGUGUCCGUAGUUUCAUUUUAGGACCCCGAUCUUCAAAGCUAGUUAAACGGAAAAGGAGUUUAAAAAACUUAGCAGCCAUGUCAGUUGGAAGAAGCCCCCGCAGUGCCACCCAUUUGGUCCAUCAUUUGGAUGCCAGCCCCUUCAUGGUGGCCGCUGAUGUCACUGAUGCAAUUGGUGUUCAGUCCCCUGAGAUCCUUCUCUCGGAGUACCUUUGGCAACAGACGCAACAGUAUCACAACCAAGCAUUGCAGACAGGGUUUGUACAAGGAAUUAGGAACGCUACGCUCAACCCCGAGAGCUUCGGGGGCUACAUGCUUCAGGACUCCAUGUUUUGUUAUGAGGCAUCAAAGAACAUUGAUCUUGCUGAAUCGAACGCAACAGAUCCGAUUAUCAAACAAUUCCUGCAGAAAAGAUUUCAAUCAUACAAGGAUUACUUCCAAUCACUGUUCAAUACCUGGCAUAUUGUGGACGCAUCCGGAAUAAAGCUAGACCAAGCUUGCACGGCCUACAUUGCCCAUGAACACGAUGUAGCCAUGAACCGCAACUCGGUAUACUUCGUUGUUGCCCUGCUACCUUGUGCAAAGCUAUGGCCAUGGAUUGGACAGCAGAUUGCAGCAGAUACAGGCAAUUUCGGCGUGUACACCAAGUGGGUCCAGGAAAACUUUAGUCCUGACAGUUCCGGAGUAACCAAGUACGAAACAUUGAUUAACAACGCUGAAGCUCAAGGGGUAAUAAACAGAAACGAGGCUCUGGAAGUCUACACGAAGAGCAUGAUGGGAGAGGUUAACUUCUUUGGCUCCAUCAAGACAAUCUAG